GGCGAGCGGGACCCGUCGCAGGCCUGGACGUAUUGCCGCGAGCGCCGCCGGCCUGAGGAGACUGGAGGGAGCUCGGCCCACAGAUCUUUGAGGAGGGUGAGGAUGGAACCCAGGGGCCUGGCCCAGCCAAUUGAUUUAGAGAUCAUGAAGAAUCUCAGACUACACUUGGUAACCUGGAAUGUGGGCACAGCUUCUCCUCCUCCUGAUGUCACUAGCUUACUUCAGCUCAGUUCACAGGGACCGAGUAUGGAUAUGUAUGUUAUCGGUUUACAGGAGGUGAACUCCAAGAUCAUAAAUUUCCUUUCUGACUGGGCAUUUGAUGAUCCGUGGAGCAUUUUCUUCAUGACUGUAUUCUCUCCUUUGGGUUAUAUCAAGCUCUCAUCCGUUCGAAUGCAGGGACUCCUCCUGCUGGUCUUUGUGAAGCAUGCUCAUAUCCCCUUCAUACGGGACAUUCACACUCACUACACGCGCACAGGCCUUUAUGGAUAUUGGGGGAACAAAGGAGGCGUCACCAUUCGCAUGUCCCUCUAUGGUCAUAUGAUCUGCUUCAUGAAUUGCCAUUUGCCUGCUCACAUUGAGAAUGCUGAGCAACGACUGGAUGACUUUGAGAAAAUUCUGGAAAUGCAGCAGUUUGAAGAUGAGAAUGUGCCAAAUAUUCUAGACCAUGACAUUCUUUUCUGGUUUGGAGAUCUAAACUUCCGGAUAGCAGAUUAUGGAAUACAUUUUGUCCGAGAGUCAAUAAGCAAUAGCCGAUACAAUCUACUAUGGGAAAAGGACCAGUUAAAUAUGGCAAAGAAGAAGGAAGCUUUUCUCCAGGAAUUUAUAGAGGGUCCCUUGCAGUUUAAACCCACUUACAAGUUUGACCUUCACUCUGAUGUGUAUGACACGAGGGGGCAGAAGACACUGUUUUGGUUUAAUGGGAAGAAACGGAAGCCAGCAUGGACAGAUCGAAUUCUUUGGAGGGUGAAGAAUCUCUCCCAGCAUUCAUCAGAGGAUGGAGAUUUGUUUGAAGGAGAGCAGACAAUCUCUGUGACCCUGAAUAACUAUAUCAGUCACAUGAGCUAUGGCAUCAGUGAUCACAAACCUGUUACAGGAACCUUUGGGCUUCAGAUAAAGCCUCUUUUUUCCACUCCAUUGGUCACUCUGAAUCCUGAGGGUGAGUGGAAUGCUGCACAGGAUGUUCUAAUCAGCUAUUCCACGGUAUCUGAAUUUCCAAGCAGUACCUGGGACUGGAUUGGGCUCUACCAGGUGACAUUCAGGCAUGUGAAUGACUAUGUGACCUAUGCCUGGGUAAAAGAUGAUGAAAUUUCGUCCAGUGAAGAUGUUACUCAAGUGAGGGAAUUACCUUUUUUUUUUUUUCUUUUCUUUUCUUUUUGUUUUAGUGUGGGCUUCUAA